AUGGCGCCCACCCAGACGGUGCACCACCACCGCAGCACCACCAAGGUUUCCCACAAGCCUUUCAAGAGCAAGCAUGCGUCCAAAAGUGCUUUGAAGGACCAGGCGAAAGGUAAAAUCGAGAAUGAGCGGGGUACUCGCAAAACCCCCCACCAACAAUUGAAAUCGAAACUUGACCGCCGUAACACGGCUCGUCAAAAGCAGCAAGCAAAGCACCAAGAGAAAGCACAGGCUACCAGCAUCUUCACAGGCCAGAACGGAGCUCCCCGCCAUGUUGCCAUUGUCCCUCUGUCCGCCGAUAUUGACGCCGCUGCCGCGAUUCGUGCCCUAAACGAGAGCAUCGAUGUUUCCAGCGAAAUCUCCCAAGAUGGCGCUACCCGUGUGCGAAUUGACCGGUUCCGACAGAGUCUGCUUUACGUACCAUCGAAGUAUGAUCUCAUGAAUGCAUUGGAUAUCUGCCGCAUGGCCGACUUCGUGGUCUUGGUUCUCUCUGCCGAGACGGAGGUUGAAGACGAGGGCGAGCUUCUGCUACGGUCGAUCGAGAGCCAGGGUAUAUCCAAUGUCGUCACAAUGGUACAGGGCCUCGACAAGGUGACUCCAGCUAAGAAGCGCCCCCAAGUGGCGUCUUCUCUCAAGUCUUUUAUCAAUCACUUCUUCCCUACGGUCGAGAAGGUUAUGUCGCUGGAUUCCCGACAGGAAUGCUCAAACGCCAUUCGAUCCCUGUGCACUGCGACUCCUAAGGGUAUUCGCUGGCGUGAUGAUCGAAGCUGGAUGUACAUCGAGAAUGUCCAAUGGCCUAGUAUUGAUGCGGAGGUUGUCGACGAUGUUGUCGUCACUGGUGUUGUUCGGGGCAAGGGCCUCAAAGCCGAUCGUAUUGUACACAUCCCAGGCUGGGGCGAUUUCCAGGUUGACUCAGUCACCGCAGCGCCUCUUCCAAGCACGAAGAACAAGCAAGAUGCGAUGAAUGUCGACACAAAUGAGACGACACAGGUCCUUGAUACUCCCACCGCAGACCGUGAUGAUAUGGCCACUGUGGCCCCCGAAGAGAUCGAGAUGGUGGAUGACGACAUGGUUUCGAUGGCCGAAACCGAGCGAAAGGGUGUUCUUCUUGAUGACCAUCACUACUUCUCUGAUGACGAUUCUCACAUUCCCCCUAAGCCGAAGCGUUUACCAAAGGGUACCUCAGAAUACCAAUCUGCUUGGUAUCUGGAAGAUGUCUCCGAUUCGGGAUCCGACAUCGUCGAUGGAGAUGACGAAGAUGAGGAUAUGGAGAUGGACACCGCUGGAGCUCCAGAGGACGGUGUCUUCCCCGACAACCACGAUGCCAUGACCGAAGGUGGUCCAUCCGAGUACCCUCAAUCAGAGAUGUUCCUAGACCCUUCGCCCGAAGACGAGGCUUCAGACCUCGCAGAAUACCGUGCCAGCCGCCGCACUGAGGCUCAAGAUGAUCUCGAGUUCCCCGAUGAGAUCGAGCUUCAUCCGAAUGUCCUGGCAAGAGAGCGCCUUGCUCGAUUCAGAGGUCUCAAGAACCUCAAGAUCAGUAACUGGGAAACCUCUGAAGACCGUCCUUUCGAGCCCGAGGACUGGCGCAGACUGCUCCAAUUCGGCGACUACAAGGGUACCAAGAACCGUAUCCUUCGCGAAGCCUUGGUUGGCGGUGUUAAUCCAGGCGUUCGUGUCGACGUACAUCUUCGCGCUGUCCCAGCUGUCCUUCACAACAAGCCCCAGCCAGCAUCUCUUUUCUCGCUCCUGCGCCAUGAACACAAGCACACUGUGGUGAACAUCAACAUGACCCUUAACUCCAACGUCGAGAAGCCCCUCAAGUCUAAGGAGGAAGUCAUCGUCCAAUGCGGUGCUCGUCGCAUGGUGGUCAAGCCCGUCUUCUCGGCCAGUGAUAACACCCCGAACAACGUCCACAAAUUCGACCGUUUCCUGCACCCCGGCCGUAGCGCGAUAGCCACCUGGAUCGGGCCUAUGACUUGGGGCGCCGUCCCCGUCCUGGUCUUCAAGAACAAGCCCGCCGAGGCCGACCCCGAAGUGCUCGACUCCGCAGAUUCGAACGAAAGGCCAUUGUCUCUGGAUAACCUGGAGCUUAUUGGAACUGGCACAGUCGUCGCGCCAGACCCUGCUCGUGUCAUAGCCAAGCGUGCCAUUCUUACCGGUCAUCCGUACAAGAUCCACAAGAAGGUCGUCACUGUUCGGUACAUGUUCUUCAAUUCCGAAGAUGUCAACUGGUUCAAGGCUCUGCAACUCUGGACCCGUCGUGGACGCAGUGGGUAUAUUAAGGAGAGCCUGGGUACCCAUGGUUACUUCAAGGCUAUGUUCGAUGCUAAGAUCAAUCCGCAAGACUCAGUCGGUAUAAGUCUGUACAAGCGUGUUUUCCCUCGCCGAGCUCGCGCAUUGGAGGAAGUUGUUGCGUAA